AGCCGGAUCGAAAAUUUAUCAUCAGCGGUCGAUGUUAGUUUUGUCCGGAGGAGGAAAAAAGCGUUGACUUAUUGUAUCCAAUGGAGCUGGAGGAACAGUGGUGGAAAGGACAGUUGGCUGUAGAUAUACAUCAGGCUCUUCGAAACAAGGAGGUGAAACUAACCCCUUACAAAAGCCAGUCUCCACAGUUGAAUCUCCGACGAUAUUUUGCAGAUCUUCUUGCAAUCAUCAGCAAUCAUUUUUGCCUUUGUCCCACAACCCGGCAUCUUGCUAUCUACCUCCUAGACUUGUUUAUGGACCGUUGCAACAUUUCCGUUCAGCAAUUGCAUGUAGUGGCACUCUCCUGUUUACUUUUAGCAAGCAAAUUUGAGGAAAAGGAAGAAUGUGUACCUAAACUUGAACAACUCAACAGUCUUGGCUGCAUGACUAACAUGAACCUGGCAUUGAGCAAACAGAACCUAUUGCAAAUGGAGCUCUUGCUGUUGGAAACUUUCCAAUGGAACCUGUGUCUACCUACUGCUGCUCACUUUAUUGACUACUACCUCACAGCUGCGGUACAUACAUCAGACGUUCACAAUGGCUGGCCCAUGGUUUGUUUGGAGAAGAUCAAGGUGUACAUGCAUAAAUACUCUGAUUACUUUCUAGAAGUGUCCUUACAAGACCAUGGCUUUCUAAAUUAUGCUCCUUCGCUUGUUGCUGCUGCUUGCAUAGCAGCAUCUAGAGCUGUUCUUAGGCUCUCUCCUCCCUGGCCUACUCGCUUGCAUUGUCUUACUGAUUACACAUGGGAUUCUUUGUUAUCCUGCAUUGAAAAUCUGCUGAUUGCACAUGACAAUGAUGUAAAAGAAGCCAGUAAGCAGAAGAUCCAAUUGCAGGUUCAACAAUCCAGCCAGACGUCUUUCUCAAUUCAUUCUGCAACUUCACCCCAAGCACAGAUUGAGCAGUGUGCAUCCACAUCAAAUGCAGUGUUCUCACCAACAGUCCAGACAGUAGAACUGCCUAUCUUCAGCAACUCAAAUACCAGGAUACAUGUUGCCAACAUUCUCUUCCAGUAUACAAGCCAAGAUAACAACUUGUGGACACUUUCAGGCUAA